CUUUUGUCUGACGACCUAAUCGGGCGGAAGUGGAGCUCAGACAAGGCUACUGGCUAAGCGAAGGGAGGAAAAAAAAAAAAAGCAUUAAGCAAGAGGGGGGCACUUCACUGAUAUACAGGAUCUUUUUAAUAGAGUUGGACCCAGAAUCAAGGACUGUUGUGGUCGUUUGGAGUUCCGGAGAAGAGGACGGAACCGUCGGUACCGAAAUAAUGGAAGACGCUCAUUUUAAUUCCUCGUAUUUCUGGUCUCCUGUGCCAGCUGUGCCAGGACAGAUUGAGAAUGCCAUGUUCCUGAACAAAGUGAAAGAGCAGCAGGAGAAGAAUGCUUCGUUCUCUCCUUCCUCGGCCCCCCACUACCAAACAGCUCUCCUCACCAUCCCAACUCCUGGGGCAAAGACAGAUGGAGGCGGGCCGGCUGGUAGUGCGGCGCACCUCCACUCUACUCACAGCACCCAGAACAUCACGGUGUUGCCUGUCUCCUCCACAGGCAUCAUGACAGCAGCUGGUUUGGUGAUUACGACUCCUCAAGGAACGCUGGUCUCUCCCACCUCUUCUCAGUCGUUUGUCUCCGGUCCUCCAGCGACAACCAUGAUUGUUUCAGCGCUCCAUUCUCCAGACAAAAGAGAAGGCGAUGCAACGUCCCAUGUGCUUCUGAUGCAGACUCCCUCCAAACGAGGAAGAAAGAAGGCGGCACUGUCUAGGGUUGCUCCGGUGGGUGGACCAAGAAAUGACACGCUGAUACUAACACAGCUGACACCUGGAGGCCAGGUUGCAUCUUUUCAGCACCACACAGGGGAGCCGUAUGAGCUGUCAAAUGAAGAUGAUGACCAUGGCCCAAAAGAUACUACUAAGACAUACAGGUGCCGGAUGUGCGCGGCGACCUUCUUCAGUAAGUCUGACAUGCAGAUCCACUCCAAGUCGCACACAGAGGCCAAACCUCACAAGUGUCCUCACUGCGCCAAGUCAUUCGCCAACUCGAGCUACCUGGCCCAGCACAUCCGCAUCCACAGCGGGGCCAAGCCUUACACCUGCUCCUACUGCCAGAAAUCUUUCAGGCAGCUCAGUCACUUACAGCAGCACACACGGAACCACACAGAGUCAAAGCCUCACAAGUGCCCUCAUUGUACGAAAUCAUUUGCCAACUCAAGUUAUUUGGCUCAACAUAUUCGCAUCCACACCGGUGUGAAACCCUACUCUUGUGCAUACUGCGACAAAUGCUUCAGACAGCUUAGUCACCUUCAGCAGCAUAGCAGAAUUCACACCGGAGAUCGGCCAUACAGGUGCACCCAACCAGGAUGUGAGAAAUCCUUUACACAACUCUCAAAUUUACAGUCCCAUCGUCGUCAGCACAACAAAGACAAACCCUACAAGUGCCCCAACUGCAAUAAAGGAUACAUAGAUGCAGCGAGCCUGGAGGUGCACAUGUCCACACACACAGUAAAACACGCCAAGAUCUACUCCUGUGGUCUUUGCAGCCGUUCUUAUACCUCAGAGACAUAUCUGGUGAAACACAUGGAGAAACACAACCCAGACCAGUUGACUGCACCUGCCGUUGUGGCAACACAACUGCCACAGCCGCACCAAAGCCAGGCCCAGGGCCAGGCUGGAGCACAGAGACGGGUAGAGAGUGCAGAUGGAGGAUCCAGUCGAGCUGGAAGCGGAGCAGCAAGGGGAGGCCAGCAGGGACAGAGCCAGAGCAGCUACCCACAAACAGAAACCAUGCCUUGUCCAUUUGAUCUGCACCAUUAUAAGACGGUGUCUGCCGAUGACAUUGAGUACAAACCGGUUAGCGUGGCUGACAUUACUUCCCACAAAGAUCUGUGCAUCACUGUGUCUGCAUCCACAAUUCAAGUGGAGCACCUCAACUCUUAGAUGUGAUGAAAGCGGGAGUCAUAUGGGGAAGUUAGAAUCAAAUCAAGAUAAAUGGAGGAUGGAGAGUCAAGAAUUAAAGCAAUACUAAGAAAAUAGAGAAACUUUGGAUCACAUGACUGUGCCUGAAUGAUGGUUUGAGA